UCACAAAGGUUUGGAGUUGCUAAUGCUAACAUUACUAAACAAUUGUUGUUCAUUCAGAGCUUCACUCAAUCCUUUGCACGUCUCAAUCUGACUCUUCACUUCACUUCAUCGAUUUUGUGAUUCUCUCUCUCAAUAAUGGCAGCACGCUUUCAAUCUGCAGCUGUACUAUGCCGGUGUUCCCUAUAGGGAAAGAUGAAAUUCAAGUCUAAGAAAGGAUGGAAAUCUAUUGUACCACUUCAUUUGAAAGGAAAAUCGGCGACCCGUUUUUCUUUAUUUCGCAAAGUCAAUUCAGCUGCCUAUGGACCUGGCAAAACACCCGUUUAUCUGAAUGUGUAUGACUUGACACCCAUGAAUGGUUAUGUGUAUUGGGCUGGUCUUGGUAUCUAUCACUCUGGUGUAGAAGUUCAUGGUGUCGAAUACGCAUUUGGAGCUCAUGACUACCCAACCAGUGGUGUUUUUGAGGUUGAACCUCGCCAAUGCCCAGGCUUCAAGUUCAGGAAGUCAAUAUUCAUAGGAACCACAUCUUUGGAUUCUACUCAGGUUAGGGAGUUCAUGGAACGCCAGUCAGCAAGCUACAACGGUGACACAUAUCACUUAAUUGUCAAGAAUUGCAACCACUUCUGCAAAGACAUUUGUUACAAGCUGACGGGGAAAUCAAUUCCAACAUGGGUAAAUCGGCUGGCCAGGCUAGGUUCAAUUUGCAAUUGCAUUCUUCCUGAAGCACUAAGAAUUUCUGCUGUGGGGCAUGAUCCUAAUUAUCAGCCUCAUGAUAGUGAAAAGAGAAGGCUUCGAAGUGGCUUCAAUUGCUUGUCCUCAAUCUCAAUGCGUCAAAAGCACCUCUCCACAUCUUCACUGUUUCUACAGUCACCCAUAAGAGGCUGCUUGUCGUCGUCAUGGCCCUCCUCCGAAUUGAGAAAAUCCAUUAACCGUUCCCUGAAAGAAAGAUAACUGAACUUUGAGAAGGUAGGAAAUGAAUGAUUGUAAGAAUCUUGUUUAUGUAAGUAGGAUUUGGGUUUCAUCACAUAACUUCAUUUUCUUUUCUUGUCUUUUGCUGUUAAACCUGUCCUGUUUUUUAUUGAUUGGGAAGAAUGAUCCUUUCCAAGCUUAGAAGAAACUUUCUAAAUGAGCAUCACCACCAUCUGCCGUACUGUAUUAUAUAUA